UCAGUGAGGGUGUUGGUCACGCAGUAUUGAUGUCCCGUCAUCUUUCAAGUUGAAUAAAACGAUAAGAAACUAAAGGAUUCAGUUCACAAGGUUUCUGUGGAUUCAGCUCCGUGAUCUAAGGAAAAAACAAGUUGUCGAAGUUAUUUGUUUCCCACACUCGAAGAUCAUUCGCUUGUUUUUUGCCGUAGACAUGAGGAUUUCUACAGUGGCACUUCUGGUGGUCCACGCUCUGGUGCUUUCCAAGUUGGUCAGUGGUGCCUCAAUCGACAAGCAUGAAAGUGAAAAGCCUCCGCAGACUGCGGUGUUUAACCUGUUGGAACCAGUGAGUGAGAAAAGGGUUGCAGAAGAGAAUCUGCAGCAUGAGGUGGAUUAUGACGAAGAUGAAGAUGAAGAGUACUACUAUGAUGACGAGGACGACUAUGAAGUAUCAGGGGACUACAUGCCCAGAGUUGCCCUUUCCAGCAAACCUAAGGAUCCUAGCAAAGUUCUGACUGAAGAAAAGGCAGUAGGGAAAAGGAGGAGAGGAAAAGGGAGGAAGAAGGGAAAGGGGAAAAAGAGGAAUCCAUGUCUGAAGAAAUAUAAAGAUUUCUGCAUCCAUGGCACCUGCCAAUACCUCUCAAACAUCCGUAAACCUUCAUGCAUAUGCCACGACGGUUACUCCGGAGAGCGAUGUCACGACGUCAUUUGGAUUUUGCCCAGUAGUGGAACAGACAAAGGAUAUAACAGGACGACGGCGCUGGCAGUGGUGGCAGUCGUGCUGUCCUCACUCUGUCUCAUCAUCAUCGGCCUCCUUUUGGCAUUGAGGUUUCACAAGCGAGGUGCCUAUGAUGUGGAGAACGAGGAGAAGGUGAAGCUCGGGGCAGCGCCACACCACUGACCGAGGACAUGGACUGGGUGGAGAUGUGGAAAUUCUACCUCAAAAUAAAAAAGAGAAGUAAACAGGCCAAUAAGAAGAACACGACAGAAGGAGGUAGAGUGACUGUUCCCGUCACAAGUGACUGAUCUCCUCUCGCCGACUGACCCACUGGACAGACAUGAACUGGGUCACGUCCGGAAGACCCCAAAGUCCAGCGAGAUGGGACAGAAAGGGCCGCCGCAGUUUCUGGGACUAGGCCUACGAGGGUUAUGCCACAUAUAAAGGCGGUGAUCACGAGGCCAUGUUGUCUGAGAUGGAGGUAGUCUGAAUGUAGUGAGGACUGUGGAAACGUUAAGACCGAUGUGCCUGAUGUCAAGGCAGGGGUCCUCCAGGAUCAGCCUGGUCUUUGGAUGGAGUGUUUACGCAAAUCUGCUUUCUUUCUCCCCGCACAUUUUCAUUGUUGUCUUGUGUACUGUAAAAACUUUAUUUAUGCCUAUCUUUUAAUUUAUUUAUUUAUGUUAAGUGAUAUUUAUUCUGAUGUCUCCCAACAACAAAAAAAGCACUGCCCGUGUAUUUGUACUGGUUUUAAUGUUAUAAUAUUUAUUGUACAAUAUUUAUGGGCAAACAAUUAUAUUCCCUAAAAUGGAUAAAUUGUUUAUUAAAAGGACUAAUAAUGGGGAUUACUGUACAUUAUCCUCAAUCUAUAUAUUUGUGUCAUAAUGAUACAGUUAUCUCAGUUACCACUUGUUAAAAUAUUUAGGGCCUGUGGACUGAAGUAUCCACAUUGUUGUGCUUCUGUAUGACAUGACAAUGUAAUACAAUGAAAUUAAGAAUUCCAUUACUGUAGUUACUGUUAACUCACCACAUGAUCCAGCAGUGUAUUGGUUGUGGAUAAGUUUUCUGCCUGUGAUCAGCUCAGUGAGAUCGUUGUUAAGCUCAAGAAAUGUGAAUAAAAGAUCUUUUAAACCAA